UAGAUGACGAGGAUGUGGCAUGGAACCCGGACAUGCUGCUUGUGCAGCUGACAUCUGACAUGUUGGAUGCCGCCGAAGUCGGCGAAAGUGGAUUGCCCGCUCCUGAUCCUGCGGCACUGGAGGCGGUGGGUAAGGCACGAAGGCGGCGCAACGAGCUGCUGGAGAAUGCGGACGAGAUGCAGGCGACAACGCGGGACCGUCGACGCCGACCGGGCGGUGAGGGAGAAGAACAGGCAGCGUCAGAAAACCCUGAAUCCCACCAGAAGCCUGAGGAGUCGAGUAGUCGCAAAUCCUCCGAAACAAAAAAGAAGAGUCGUGAGCGGUCACCGGGAAAAGGGGGCCAACCCAGGGCAAGGGCUGCACAGCCACCGGAAAGUCCAACAGCUUCUCCGGCAAAUCCCGCAUCACGGAAAAAGUGA